CGCUGCCACGUCGCUCCCACUUCCUGCAGGGACCCGGUCCUCCACGGCGAGUCCGUCUCGUAGCCGAAAACACAGCAGUCCGAGGCCGACUCAAUGUCCCCAGAGCUCCUGGGUGUCUCCGGAGCUCCUGAAUGUCUCCGGAGCUCCUAACUACCGCAGCGAGGAGACGGACUGAUCGCUGCGUGCUUCCCGCUUAAACACCGCCUCAGCCCGGGACGGAGCGGACGGAUAACGGGUCUGGAGUCCACCGACGGGCUCUUCUGUUUCUUCUCUUCCACGGGUCAGGAAGACCUGAGGACGUCCUCCAAGACACCCAGACCUGCACAGCCUGACUGAAAUGUGAAUGUAACAGGAGAAGCAAUGGGUAGCUCCGUCCUCCUGUUUGCCAGCCUGGUGUCCACUCUGGGUGGCCUGGUCUUUGGUUACGAGUUGGGCAUCAUCUCAGGAGCUCUGCUGCAGAUCAAGGCUGAGUUCAGGCUGUCAUGUGUCCAGCAGGAGGCGCUGGUCAGCUCUCUGUUGGCAGGAGCUCUGCUCGCCUCUAUCGUGGGCGGCUGGCUCAUCGACCACCAGGGCCGCAGGAACUCCAUCCUCCUCGGCAACGUCUUGAUCCUGACCGGCAGUCUGGUUCUGCUCAUCGACUCCUACUCGGCACUGGUGGUGGGAAGGAUGAUAGUGGGCUUCGCCAUGUGUAUAUCCUCAAUGUCCUGCUGCAUCUUUGUGUCCGAGAUGGUUGCCCCGGAUCGCAGGGGUCUCCUGGUUACUCUGUAUGAAGCCGGGAUCACCGUGGGCAUCCUGGCAGCCUACGCCAUGAACUACAUCCUGUCCGACGCCAAGAGAGGGUGGAAGUGGAUGUUUGGAUUAGCCAUAGUACCGACUAUGAUUCAGUUCGUCUCGAUCUGGUUCCUCCCGUCCAGCACAAAGGAAUCUUCAAGCCCGAGAUAUAGCUUUCAGACUGAGAGCGGCAUGAUGAAUACCGUGGACGCGGGUGACCCCGAAGUCUGCCUCAGCAUGGAAAGCAAGCCGGUUGAGUACAACAGCAUGUACCUCUUCCAGCGCAAAGGCAACAUGAGGACCAGGACUCUCAUCGGCCUUGGACUGGUGCUCUUCCAGCAGUUCACAGGCCAGCCGAAUGUCCUCUUGUACGCCUCCACCAUCUUCCAUGCGUUGGGUUUUCAGAGCAAUGCCUCGGCGGUGUUGGCGUCCGUGGGCUUGGGGUUGGUCAAAGUGGUCGUUACUCUGAUUUCCGUGGUGUUCUCGGACCGGGUCGGGCGCAGGCCCCUGCUCAUCAGUGGAUGCUCCGUCAUGGCGCUGGGUCUGAUAACCAUUGGACUCCUCAGUGGAGGUUCAGCGAUGAAUGCCAGGAGGCCAUGUGAGUCUCUGGUCAACAGGACAAAUCUGCAUCCUCCAACUCCUGGUAAUCAAUCAGUUUUGGACAUGCCUUUACACCAGAGCCAAAGACUCCUAGAGAACAGCACUCAAGAUAAAGAUGUGGCUCUCGAUGGGUUUUUACUGAAUCAACCAGGCGUUCCUGCGGCAUCUCCUCUGCACCCCCAUGGCUCGGUGGUAAACUGGAUCAUCCUCGCGUGUAUGAUGGCGGUUGUCAGUGCAUACUCCUUUGGAUUUGGACCAAUGACGUGGCUUCUCCUGAGUGAAAUAUUUCCAGCUGCUAUCAGAGGAAGGGCAUUCGCAUUCGCCAACUGCUUCAACUGGGCCGCCAACCUGUUGGUCACAUUCACUUUCCUGGAUUUUAUCGACCGCGUCGGCCUGUCAGGGAUGUUCCUGCUGUACGGCAUCACCGCUGUGGCCGCUGGGCUUUUCUUCUACUUCGUGCUACCAGAGACCAAAGGGAAGACUCUGGAGGAGAUCGACAAGGAGCUGUGUUUGAACAAGUUUUACCACAGCGAGGGGUGCUGCUGGAGACGUCCUUCCCCACAGUACCAGAGAGUGCACUGUCAAGUCAGCGAGUCGGGGUGAUUCCUCACAUGAAUGAUGUUUAUUACCAUACAGGCCUGCCAUAACCGAACCCUCUGGGGCACCUGCUAUUGGAAUACACUUUAUGAUUGGUAUAUUUGUGAAACAUGCCAACAAAGUGCCUUUUGGUCUUGGGACAUUUUGGGUGGUCUCCAUUUUUAAAAAUGUAUUCUUUGUGUAUAAAUGUAUUCAUUUUGAUUGUUGUAGCAGAAGCAGUCCUUAACAUGUUUCCCAACUGGAUUGUAAUAUUACCUUUAGGUCAUUGGACUUCAUAUGUGUUCCUCUUGGUCAUACUGGUCAAUGUAAUCACUUUCUAAAGUGCCUCCCAAUUAAAAAGUCUACACAGUAUUCAUUUUAUGCAAACAUGUUGCUCAAAGGGAAAUUUGGAGGGACUGCGUCAGGGAGCAGGUCCCAGAGGACCAGGACAGGGUUCCUCCUGAACAUCAAUCCAGUUAUUUCAUCAGCAGAGUUCCCUCUUCUCUCCUGGGGGAGGUUAUUGGAAGACCCUUAAUGACAAUUUCCAGGUUCAGAUAACAUAUUUCAAAGCACUUGAUCCCACUCUGCAACGCGUUACUGCUGACUCCGUAUGAUUGGUUUGGUUCCGUAUGAUUGUCUAAUCGUUCAGUGUUUGAAACCACAUUCGAGUCCUGUUGACGCGACAUGUUGCAAAGUGCUGCAAUUCAUAUUUACAGCAUUUAAAGCCCUCAGAGUUACUCAACCACUUAGCAGGUGAUGUCAGUCGAGUCCCUGAGGGGUUUAGGGUUUGUCUCCCAUUCAGAAAGGACGGAGGCUGUAAUA